AUGAGUGACUCUUCAAGUUCGCAAGACGAACCUGAGAAUAUUCAGCCGCCGGUCGAGGACCAACAAAAUGAUGAGCCUCCACCAGCUGUCACAGCACCACCACCUCAGCAACAAAAGUCUCCUGAAAAAAAGGUUCAGUAUUAUAUGAGAGGUGGCCAACAAUUUCAGGAGAAUAAUAUUGUACCUGUGCAUACUGUUUUCUUUUUCAGUAUUCCGUACAAGAUUGAUCAAGCUGAGUUUAAAAAAUUUGUUGAGAAAUUUGGUGAAGUACAAAAUAUAUAUGAAAAGCGUGAGAAUGGCAACUAUUUUGUGACAUAUUAUGAUCUUAGGUCAGCAAUCGCCGCAGUUGAACAAGAUAGAAACGAAACGUUAAACGAUAGAGUAGUAAGAAUGAAUUAUGCGUAUAAGGCUAGAAAACAACGUAAGGAUCCUCUUUGUGCUACGGUGAGUGUACAUUUACAAUCAACUUCAGGAGUAACUGAAGCUGAAGUCCGAAGCGCUUUCUCAACCUUCGGAGAUAUUCUGACUAUACGUAAGGAUUCAGAUAAUGUUUAUGUGGUUAAGUUCUAUGAUUUAAGGUCUCCUACGAAAGCCGUCGAAUGCAAGGAUCCGAUUAUUUUAGGCGGACAGCCUUGCAAGGUCGAAUUAAAACUAGGAGAAGACGACGGCCUCGAACAGGAAGAACCCGAACCCCCAAGAAACCAAAGACGCUCUGAUUCUCACGACAGAGACAACAGACGUGGCCACGACAGAGAUAACAGAGGCAGAAGAAACGACCAUAACAACAACCAUUACAAUCAACCUCCUCCACCACCUCAAUACGGCCAAUAUCCUCAAUAUCCUUAUCCAUACAUGCCUCCUUACAACCAGCCACCUCCAUACGGAUAUCCUCCUUAUCCAUAUCCUCGGCCACAAGCUUACGGACAGCAGCCACCACCUCCACCUCAGGGCUACGGCCAACAACCACCACAAAACCACUACGGAGCACCCCCUGCUUAUCCACCACCAGCAUACGGACAGCCACCUCCACCUCCUCCUCAGGGAUACGGACAGCAGCCUCCUCCUUCAUACAUGCCACCUCCACAGGCAGUUCCACCUGCUCCACAGCCACAGCAGCAAACUCCUCCACCUCCACCACCACCUCCUGCACCUGCACCACCGCAGCCAGCAGCUCCUCAGCCACCGAGCGAGCCAACUUCAAAUAGAAGAACUCUCCAAGAACUCCAAAUGCUUUUAUCUGGAAAAUAA